CCGCCUCACACACUCGGGAAGCGGGAGCGCGGCGCGGACGCAAAGCCGCCGGGCUGCUGCGCCCAGAGCCAGCCGGAGCCGGAGCCCGAACCGCAGCGCCAGCCCCAGCCGUGCGGAGCCGCAGCCCGGGCCGGGGCCGGGGCCGGCGGCGGCUCAUGGACAGCGGGGCGGGCGGCCGGCGCUGCCCGGAGGCGGCCCUCCUGAUUCUGGGGCCUGCCAGGAUGGGGCCCCUGAGGCAUAGCCCAGGCCCUGGGGGGCAACAGCUACUGCUGCCCUCCAUGCUGCUAGCACUGCUGCUCCUGCUGGCUCCAUCCCCAGGCCACGCCACUCGGGUAGUGUACAAGGUGCCGGAGGAACAGCCACCCAACACCCUCAUUGGGAGCCUCGCAGCCGACUAUGGUUUUCCAGAUGUGGGGCACCUGUACAAGCUAGAGGUGGGUGCCCCAUACCUUCGUGUGGAUGGCAAGACAGGUGACAUUUUCACCACCGAGACCUCCAUCGACCGUGAGGGGCUCCGUGAAUGCCAGAACCAGCUCCCUGGUGAUCCCUGCAUCCUGGAGUUUGAGGUGUCUAUCACAGACCUCGUGCAGAAUGGCAGCCCCCGGCUGCUAGAGGGCCAGAUAGAAGUACAAGACAUCAAUGACAACACACCCAACUUCGCCUCACCAGUCAUCACUCUGGCCAUCCCUGAGAACACCAACAUCGGCUCACUCUUCCCCAUCCCGCUGGCUUCAGACCGUGAUGCUGGUCCCAACGGUGUGGCAUCCUAUGAGCUGCAGGCUGGGCCUGAGGCCCAGGAGCUAUUCGGGCUGCAGGUGGCAGAGGACCAGGAGGAGAAGCAACCACAGCUCAUCGUGAUGGGCAACCUGGACCGUGAGCGCUGGGACUCCUACGACCUCACCAUCAAGGUGCAGGAUGGCGGCAGCCCCCCACGCGCCAGCAGUGCCCUGCUGCGUGUCACCGUGCUCGACACCAAUGACAACGCCCCCAAGUUUGAGCGGCCCUCCUAUGAGGCCGAACUAUCUGAGAAUAGCCCCAUAGGCCACUCGGUCAUCCAGGUGAAGGCCAAUGACUCAGACCAAGGUGCCAAUGCAGAGAUUGAAUACACAUUCCACCAGGCUCCCGAAGUUGUGAGGCGUCUUCUUCGACUGGACAGGAACACUGGACUUAUCACUGUUCAGGGCCCGGUGGACCGUGAGGACCUAAGCACCCUGCGCUUCUCAGUGCUUGCUAAGGACCGAGGCACCAACCCCAAGAGUGCCCGUGCCCAGGUGGUUGUGACCGUGAAGGACAUGAAUGACAAUGCCCCCACCAUUGAGAUCCGGGGCAUAGGGCUAGUGACUCAUCAAGAUGGGAUGGCUAACAUCUCAGAGGAUGUGGCAGAGGAGACAGCUGUGGCCCUGGUGCAGGUGUCUGACCGAGACGAGGGAGAGAAUGCAGCUGUCACCUGUGUGGUGGCAGGUGAUGUGCCCUUCCAGCUGCGCCAGGCCAGUGAGACAGGCAGUGACAGCAAGAAGAAGUAUUUCCUGCAGACUACCACCCCGCUGGACUACGAGAAGGUCAAAGACUACACCAUUGAGAUUGUGGCUGUGGACUCUGGCAACCCCCCACUCUCCAGCACCAACUCCCUCAAGGUGCAGGUGGUGGACGUCAAUGACAACGCACCUGUCUUCACUCAGAGUGUCACUGAGGUCGCCUUCCCGGAAAACAACAAGCCUGGUGAAGUGAUUGCUGAGAUCACUGCCAGUGAUGCUGACUCUGGCUCUAAUGCUGAGCUGGUUUACUCUCUGGAGCCUGAACCGGCUGCUAAGGGCCUCUUCACCAUCUCACCCGAGACUGGAGAGAUCCAGGUGAAGACAUCCCUGGAUCGGGAACAGCGGGAGAGCUAUGAGUUGAAGGUGGUGGCAGCUGACCGGGGCAGCCCUAGCCUCCAGGGCACAGCCACUGUCCUUGUCAAUGUGCUGGACUGCAAUGACAAUGACCCCAAAUUUAUGCUGAGUGGCUACAACUUCUCAGUGAUGGAGAACAUGCCAGCGCUGAGUCCAGUGGGCAUGGUGACUGUCAUUGAUGGAGACAAGGGGGAGAAUGCCCAGGUGCAGCUCUCAGUGGAGCAGGACAAUGGUGACUUUGUUAUCCAGAAUGGCACAGGCACCAUCCUAUCCAGCCUGAGCUUUGAUCGAGAGCAACAAAGCACCUACACCUUCCAGCUGAAGGCGGUGGAUGGUGGCGUCCCACCUCGCUCAGCUUAUGUUGGUGUCACCAUCAAUGUGCUGGACGAGAAUGACAAUGCACCCUAUAUCACUGCCCCUUCUAACACCUCUCACCGGCUGCUGACCCCCCAGACACGUCUUGGUGAGACGGUCAGCCAGGUGGCAGCCGAGGACUUUGACUCUGGUGUCAAUGCUGAGCUGAUCUACAGCAUUGCAGGUGGCAACCCUUAUGGACUCUUCCAGAUUGGGUCACAUUCAGGUGCCAUCACCCUGGAGAAGGAGAUUGAGCGGCGCCACCAUGGGCUACACCGCCUGGUGGUGAAGGUCAGUGACCGCGGCAAGCCCCCACGCUAUGGCACAGCCUUGGUCCAUCUUUAUGUCAAUGAGACUCUGGCCAACCGCACGCUGCUGGAGACCCUCCUGGGCCACAGCCUGGACACGCCGCUGGAUAUUGACAUUGCUGGGGAUCCAGAAUAUGAGCGCUCUAAGCAGCGUGGCAACAUUCUCUUUGGUGUGGUGGCUGGUGUGGUGGCCGUGGCCUUGCUCAUCGCCCUGGCGGUUCUUGUGCGCUACUGCCGACAGCGGGAGGCCAAAAGUGGUUACCAGGCUGGUAAGAAGGAGACCAAGGACCUGUAUGCCCCCAAGCCCAGUGGCAAGGCCUCCAAGGGAAACAAAAGCAAGGGCAAGAAGAGCAAGUCCCCAAAGCCCGUGAAGCCAGUGGAGGACGAGGAUGAGGCCGGGCUGCAGAAGUCCCUCAAGUUCAACCUGAUGAGCGAUGCCCCUGGGGACAGUCCCCGCAUCCACCUGCCCCUCAACUACCCACCAGGCAGCCCUGACCUGGGCCGCCACUAUCGCUCUAACUCCCCACUGCCUUCCAUCCAGCUGCAGCCCCAGUCACCCUCGGCCUCCAAGAAGCACCAGGUGGUACAGGACCUGCCACCUGCAAACACAUUCGUGGGCACCGGGGACACCACGUCCACGGGCUCUGAGCAGUACUCCGACUACAGCUACCGCACCAACCCCCCCAAAUACCCCAGCAAGCAGUUACCUCACCGCCGCGUCACCUUCUCGGCCACCAGCCAGGCCCAGGAGCUGCAGGACCCAUCCCAGCACAGUUACUAUGACAGUGGCCUGGAGGAGUCUGAGACGCCGUCCAGCAAGUCAUCCUCAGGGCCUCGACUCGGUCCCCUGGCCCUGCCUGAGGAUCACUAUGAGCGCACCACCCCUGACGGCAGCAUAGGAGAGAUGGAGCACCCCGAGAAUGACCUUCGCCCUUUGCCUGAUGUCGCCAUGACAGGCACAUGUACCCGGGAGUGCAGUGAGUUUGGCCACUCUGACACAUGCUGGAUGCCUGGCCAGUCAUCUCCCAGCCGCCGGACCAAGAGCAGCGCCCUCAAACUCUCCACCUUCGUGCCUUACCAGGACCGAGGAGGGCAGGAGCCUGCGGGCGCCGGCAGCCCCAGCCCCCCGGAAGACCGAAACACCAAAACGGCCCCCGUGCGCCUCCUGCCCUCCUACAGUGCCUUCUCCCACAGUAGCCAUGAUUCCUGCAAGGACUCGGCCACCUUGGAGGAAAUCCCCCUGACCCAGACCUCGGACUUCCCACCCGCAGCCACACCGGCAUCUGCCCAGACGGCCAAGCGCGAGAUCUACCUGUGAGCCCCCUCCUGGCCGGCCGGCCCCCCUCCCCCAGCCGCCGGCCAGCUCCCAAAUGGGCCCAUUCCGGGGCCUCACUCUCGAUCCCUUCAGCGUGGACUUCCUGGCCAGGGCCCCAAGUGGGGGUAUCACUGACCUCAUGACCACGCUGGCCCUUCUCCCAUGCAGGGUCCAGGCCCUCUCCCCUCAUUUCCAUCUCCCAGCCCCCAGGGGCCCCUUCCCCUUUAUGGGGCUUCCCCCGGCUGAUGCCCAGGAGGGCUCCUCUGCAAUGACUGGGCUCCUUCCCUUGACUUCCAGGGAGCACCCCCUCAAUUUGGGCAGAUGGUGGAGUCAAGGGUGGGCAACAUACUUCUAACUCAUUGUUUCCCUCAUGGCUGACCAGGGCGGGGAUAGCACGCCCAAUUUUAGCCCUGAAGCAGGGCUGAACUGGGGAGCCCCUUUCCCUGGGAGCUCCCAGAGGAAACUCUUGACCACCAGUGGCUCCCUGAAGGGCUUUUGUUACCAAAGGUGGGGUAGGGACGGGGGUGGGAGUGGAGCGGAGGCCUCGUCUUCCCGUGCUGCUCCUGGACUGGCCCACCUGCCUGCCACAUGCCCACGCCUAGUCCCAUCUGGGCCCCCCUUCCCUGCUGGUCAUGCAGUGUCUGUAUAUAAGGACCUUGGAAUGACGUCCCCAUUUCUGCCUGAUUUGCAACUUUUCUUGUUGAUGUUGUGUUGUCUUGGGGGACCCCUCUGGGGGGGGACCUGCCCUGUGCCCCCUCCUCCCUGCCGCAGUGCCCCCCAACCCAGGCCUCUAUUGUUCCAUGUUGUAAAUACCCCUGGGGCCAUGGUGGGAUGGGGCUGCAGGCCAGGGAAACAACGGGUGGGUGGGGGUGGGGAUGGGGGUAACAUUUGCCUAUCAGCAGAGCUGGGCUUUUAUUUAAUUUUUUUUAAAAAUACAAAUCUCUAUUUUUUUGGAACUGUUGCGCUGUGCCCUGGGGGGAUCCCCGCUCAGGCUGGCCUCCCACAUCCAGAUGAGCAUCACAGAGGGGCCCUGAGGCUGUGGGGGGCAGCUGGACAGGGGUGGGAUGACUGUGCCUCUGGCCUGGUUGGGUGAGUUGGGAGCAGGAAGGUUUGUUCAGGGGGUGGCUGGGUGCUGCUCCCGAUAUAGGGGGCCUGCAUCCUGCCCCCUCCCUGCCCUCUCAACCCCCAGCCCCUGCCAUGACUGACCCGUCAGCCUGUAAAACCACCAUUGCCUUGAUCUCAGGGGGUGGGAGGGCUGCCUCAGGGCACCCUGGGCUCUAGGCCCCCUUCUUCCAGUUGGGCUUCCCUUUGCCAGGGUCAGGGGUCCCAUGGGGGAGGGGGUAGGGAGGUUGGGGGGCAGAGAAGCCCAGUCAGCCAUGAUGAGGUGGAGUUCUCUUCUUCACCUCAGGGGGCCAGGGUGUAAGGGGCGUCCUGCAGAGCCCCCGUCUCCCACUGUGGCCAUCUCAAAGCCUCAGCCCCUCUUCCUUCCAGAAACCCCCACUGCCUUGGCCCAUACCUCUCCAGCUCCCUAGGGGCCCAGGCUGGGAGGCUGGAGACUCAGGGUAUGGCCCUUGCUUGACUUAGUCUAAGCUUGGGGAGGUGGUCCAAGAUUGCGAGGGGUGGGUACAGGCUGCGGGGUCUUCUGGUGCCUUUGGGAGCUGUGCUGCUGGGGUCUUGACUCCUGUACCCCAGAGACCCCACCCCCACCCCGGAAAAGCCAGGGGCCUGAAGAAUCACCCUAUUUCUCUGCCCCUUACCCCCAACUUGGCUUGGGGUGCUGGUGCUAGGAAGGAGAGCAUUGUUAGGCUGGUAGCCCCGGCAUAUACGAAGCCCUUCUAUGGAAGGGAAGGGGUAGAAUGGGAUGGGGUGGCAGCAGCCAGGUCUAGGGGUUGGCCAAAGGCUCCUUUCCCUUGGGGAGGCCCAGGAAAUGGGCUGGGGGCUUGUUAAAGAGACAGCCCCUUUCCCCUGCACAAAUGGGGCAGGUGCAAUAGUCUUGGAGUUGGUAGUAUUGGGUGCCCAGCUGGUGGAACAGUGGCCUCAAGGAUUGUCCUGGGUCCUGGAGGUCAGGAUUCGGGCAAGAAGAUUGUAUGAGGCCCAUUUGCUUGGUGGAGAAGGUGGUCCAGACAGGCGGCAUUCCUGGGGUCAGUGGACUCCCACUGGAAGCCCCUAGUGGCCUGGGUACCCUGCCCUGGUCUUAGAGACCCCUGAGCACUGAGCGGAAGAGCAGAGGAUCAUUUUGCACAAUGGAGAAGCCAGAAGAAAGAGGGUGGCCCAGAUGGCUGGGAGGGCUGAGAAGCCCUUCCCACAGGCAAAGACAGAGCCCCCAGCCCCCUGGUUGGGGCUAGGGCACUGAGUCUGUCACCAACUGGGCACUGGAGAGAUGAAACCAAAGGUGGGCAGGGGUUGGCAACAGCACUGGGGACUAUCCCUGUGGGUCCUAGGUCUGUGAAGCCCCUCCCCAAUGCCUGUGUCGCCUACAGUUUUAUGUACCAAUAGGCGACAUUUGGCCAGAGGAGAGCCCCCCUCAAACCCAGCCUGACCCAGUCUGUGUCUUCCUAGAGGGGACCUAGUCGGUCCCCAUCCCCCUACUUCAGGGCAUGUCUCUCCGUAGGGGGAGGGUAUAUGGGGACGUAUUUCUCUCCUAGGGUCCCUGAAGCAUGUUUCACAUCCCGGGGUGGGAGGAAGUUCUCUGGGCAUCCCUCACCUCUGGGGGCUCUCUAGGCCCUAUCUCUCCCCUUGGGAGUCUCUGGGGGACAUGUGUUCCUGCUGAGGACCACGGGAGCAUGUCUCCCCCGAUUACCCAGGCUCUCUGGGGAGCCUGUUUUCCUCCCAGGGUUCCUGGGAGUACUUAAGGCAAGUCAGUUUCGGGCCAUCUCUCUUCCCAGGGAAGGGGGCUAUCUCUGAAGCACGUCUGGGAAGGGAUGUUUCUGGCCCUGCCCCCAUCUCUCCUAUGGGGGUUUCUCUGCCCUGCAGCACUUUAGGAUGAGGCUGGGCAUCUCUGAGUUGUCUUUUCUCCUAGGAGCCCUGGGAUACCUCUCUCUCCCGAGGGUAGGGCCUCUGGAGCCAUUUCUUCCCUGGGUCGGGGCUGUCUCCGGGUGUUGGGAGGGCUUGUGUUGGCCAUGAGAAAGUCUCUUAAGGGGCGUCUCCACUGGGGACUUCUCUGGGAGGGGGGACUGUGUCUCGCCCAUGGGGUUUCGGGCGGGUGUGUCUGCCCAUGGGGAGGGGAGACUGUGUCUCCUCGGGUUAUCUAGUGGGGAGGGGGGCCGUGUCUCUCUCGUGUGUAGGGGGGUGGGGGUCGGGGUGGGGGGUUUUGGGCGCGUCGGGUGCCCACAUUGGGGUCGUGUUUCUCUUGGUUCGUGCCACUUCCCACCGCCUCGCUCCUCCCGGGAAGGGCCCCCGCCCCGCCCCGCCCCACCCCACCCCACCC